AUGAGCCUGCUGCACCUCCUCAUCCUGCUGGCUGUGUACACACCUGCACAUGGCACCUGGGACAACUGCAGAGGGACCUGUGGGCAGCGGCCCAUGGCUUCUGACUACACCUCCAUAACUGCUGACUACAGAAUCAUGGCUGGCACAGGCGCCCUGCCAGGGGCCUGGCCCUGGAUUGUCAGCAUCCAGGACCCCAGGAAAAUUGGCACGGGCCACACGUGUGGAGGGUCCCUCAUCAGCCCACAGUGGGUCCUCACAGCAGCCCACUGCUUCCUCCAGGCCAGGAACGUCACCAAGUGGCGCGUGCUGAUCGGGGCCACCCAGCUGAGCCACCUGGGCCCCGAGGCUCAGGUGCGCCACGUCAAGAGGCUGCUGGCCCACCAGGAGUACACAGCUGACUCCCAGCAGAAUGACAUUGCCCUCCUGGAGCUGGACCAGCCCGUGGAGUGCAGUGACUACGUGCAGCUCGCCUGCGUGCCCAACGCCUCGCUCACCGUGUCGGAGCUGAAAAGCUGCUACAUCGCUGGCUGGGGUGGUGCUAAAGCCCAGGCUCCGAGUGAUGUCCUGCAGGAAGCCAAGGUCCGUCUCCUGGACGUCCGGCUGGUCAACAGCAGCCGCUGGUACGCGGGGGCCAUCCACACCCACAACCUGUGUGCUGGCUACCCACGGGGUGCCAUGGACACCUGCCAGGGUGACAGUGGAGGGCCUCUGGUGUGCAAAGAUAACCGUGCCAGCUACUUCUGGCUGGUUGGAGUGACCAGCUGGGGAAAGGGCUGUGCCAAAACCAAACGGCCGGGAGUCUACACCUCCACUCAGUACUUCUACAACUGGAUCCUGAUCCAGAUGGGCAUGUGCCCACCUGUAACAGCCACUUCAGCACCAGAGCCAGACUGCAUCUCAACCCCUCUCGAGCUGCCAGAGCCAACACCAACAGAAUCAGGCUGCUCUACUCUCACUCCAUGUCCACAGCCAGCUGCAACAGAGACUCCAGCACCAACAGAAUCAGGCUGCUCUACUCUCUCUCCAUGUCCACAGCCAGCUGCAACAGAGACUCCAGCACCAACAGAAUCAGGCUGCUCUACUCUCUCUCCAUGUCCACAACCAUCUACAACAGAGACUCCAGCACCAACAGAAUCAGGCUGCUCCACUCUCAAUCCAUGUCCACAACCAUCUACAACAGAGACUCCAGCACCAACAGAAUCAGGCUGCUCCACUCUCAAUCCAUGUCCACAGCCAGCUGCAACAGAGACUCCAGCACCAACAGAAUCAGGCUGCUCCACUCUCAAUCCAUGUCCACAGCCAGCUGCAACAGAGACUCCAGCACCAACAGAAUCAGGCUGCUCCACUCUCAAUCCAUGUCCACAACCAUCUACAACAGAGACUCCAGCACCAACAGAAUCAGGCUGCUCCACUCUCAAUCCAUGUCCACAGCUAGCUGCAACAGAGACUCCAGCACCAACAGAAUCAGGCUGCUCCACUCUCAAUCCAUGUCCACAGCCAGCUGCAACAGAGACUCCAGCACCAGAGCCAACCUCCAGCUCACCCCCCUCUGAGGAGCCAGAGCCAACACCAAUAGGGGCAAGCUGCAAUGGUACAGCCAGUACUCAUCAGUACCCAGCUGGAAGAGCCAUGCCAGAGCCAGCCUGGACCUCAAAUGCCUCUGAGGAGCUAAUGCCACUACCACCUGCCAUGCCUUCUCCACAUCCGUACCAGAUACUGCAGCGGUUCUUAACUCAGGUGCACGAGAUGCUGCAGAGUCUGAUGGGGAACAAGACAGGAGUAGCAGCAUGAACAAGAUCCCGUGCAGGCUGCAGUGGACCAUGACCACUUCACACUGGGGCAGUGCCUGCUGAUCCAAAGGCAGCCUCAGGGUCAAAGGUGUCCUCUGUCCUGCCCAUCUUCCUCCUCUGCAUGCACACAAAUGCUGAAAUUGAUUUAGUUGUGGAAAUAAAGUUGCCUAUAGGCACUGCUAGCACGUGUUUGCAGUCCAGUCCAGUCUCCUGUGCAAGGCAAGGAGUCCCAAGCCAGGCACCAGCAAAACAAAGCUGUGAUGGGAGAAGGGAGCCCAGGUCACAGGGGCUGCAGCUCUUGGGGGCAGCAGCUGGGAACAGUGUUUUAUGGUGCCCAUCAGGGGGAUCCCUGGGUGUGGGACUUGAAACUGGGCUCUCUCAUGACUCAGGAGAUGUGGCAUUCACAUUCUCUGAAAAAAUCCCUUUGCCCAGGAUUUUUCUCCUGGGAAGCUGAGAAGCCUCAGAGAAAAAAGAAAACAAUUCUUAUUCCAUUUGCUUCUCCUGUGUUUUGCUGCUUUGGAAUGUGUUUGGAGAUUGUUUACCCACAGGUGAUUGUUCCAUUGCAUUCUGCUCUGAGUUGUUUUGGCUCUUUGGCCAGUCAGGGCCAAGCUGUGUCAGGACUCUGGACAGAGUCAGGAGUUUUCAUUAUUAUCUUUUUAGCAUUCUGUAAGUAUCCUUUCUGUAUCCUUCAGUACAGUAUAGUAUUUUUUAAUAUAAAAUAGCAUUAUAAAGUAAUAAAUUAGCCUUCUAAGAACAUGGAGUCAGAUCCAUAAUUCCUGCCUUCACUAGGGCAUUCCCUGUAAAUACAGUAAUUGUUUAUGUUAAUUAGCCCAGCAGGUCAAAGCUGUGUCCUGUCAGGAGACAGUCACGAGUUUUCUUCAGGAUUCUUUGUAGUACAGAUACAGUACAGUACAAUGUAAUAUAAUAUGGUUUUAAUAAAAAGAGCAUUCAGCAUUCCAAAGCCUUGGAGUCAGAUCCAAUCAUUCCCUGAUUCAUCAUUCCUGCCUUUGUUGGGGCACUCCCAGCAAAUACAAGGAGACACCAUUCCAGAAAGCCUCAGGGCUGAAGAGUGGCCAGACACAGCCUGAGGAGGAGCUCACAGCCAGGAGCAAGGAUUGCUGAGCAGUGGGCAGACAGAAGAGCAUUGAGCCACCCCCCUAUUGUCAUAUUUGAACUGUCCACAGCUCCCCUGCAGACCCUGCUGGCUCUCAGACUGACUCCACAUCUGUCAAACACACAAGGAAUAUUUCAGCAAGGUGCCUGAUGUUCCCCUACACUUUACCACUCUUGCUCUAACUUAACCCUAAUCCUUUUAUUUUAGUGCUGCUUUUUAUCCCCAGGUGUCAGCAGUGGGUGUGCAGUGUCAGUGUGCCUGUGUGGUUUCCUCUUUGGUUUGGGGUUUUGUGGUUUUUUUUGGUUUUGUUUUUUUUUUUAUUGCAGUACUGCUUUUUGUCAUUCAGUG